UUGUAAAAUUCAAAGAUCUCAAAAAUCAUUUUAACCAAAAAAAAAAAUGGAACUCGCUUCCAUUCAAUCGAUUUUUUCAAUUCAAAAUGAUUUUGUUCACCUCUGUAAAACAAUAAUGCAAUAAUAACAACAGAACUCUGUGCUCUAUUACUAUGGCGAAUAUGAAAGCAGUCUACAUGGAUCCAACGGUCGAAAAUCCAUCCUCCAAGGUUACAAAAAGUUCAGUUUCUGCUGGGGUUUGCAUGAUGAACAAUUCGUGGAGAGACAAACAACAUCCAUCUUUCAUCAAUUUCAUCUCCUCCUUCCUCACUGCAAAUUCUUUCCGCCUUAACUUUGUCCCGGUUGCCCCUGACUUCAUUUUCAACUGUGGGGGAUUGUCAGUGGCAUUUAUUUUUGUUACACACUGGGAUUGCUGCAAUGUUGAAACGAUAUUUAGCAGGGCCAAAAAACUGAAGGUACAGUUUGCUCAUCUCUAUGUUGUUGUAAACCUUCCAUCUAGGGAGCAAAAUGAUUCUUUUGUGCGCUCCUACUUCAAGUAUGAGAUGCAGCUUGGUAGACCAACAUUUGUGCUAGUUCAAGACAUUGAGAUGGGAUUUGAAAAGAUUGUGAAGAUAGCCCACUAUUGUGGAGUUUGCAAGCAGCAGGAGGCUAAAUCAAAACUGAAAGCUGAGAGGAAUCAAUCAGUGCAGGGGAUGGAAAAUUUUCUUAGAGUGGUCACAGCCAUACCAGGGAUUGAUAACCAUGACGCAAAUUCGCUAUAUCAAGCAAUUGGUUCAAUUGAAGGGAUUGCUAAAGCAUCAAAGGAAUACAUUGUGGAAAGCACAGACCUUUCUGCUGAGAAAGCUGAGACAAUUGUAAGGUUCUUCAGAGAUUCAAAGUUUUACCUGUGUCCCAAAAUCAAUUAAUGAAGAGAAGAAACAAUUCUCUCUCCAAAUGAAACUUCUUAGCAGGGCUUAAUUCACACUUGAAACAUGUGCAGUUUCUCUGGUUCUUUCUUGGAUUUUAUUUUCAUAAUUGGCAAUACCCCCUUCAAUCAGAUUUAUGUUCAUGUUAUUGAAGAUUUGCAACUUGUAUUUCAAACCAUGAAAAAGCUACUCAAAGUCAAGAAGCUUGGUUAUGGCUUCUUGGUUAAGAAACUUCAUAAUUUUGAGCUGUUAGGU